GACGCGUCUCGUCGCUGUUCGGUGUCUGACGCGUCGUGUCUCCUCUGUCGUGUCUGACGCGUCGCGCUCUGUCUCCGUGUCUCCCUGCGCCACGAUGUUAUCUAUGACAACUCUACAGACCAUUCUCCAGUUUAUCCACGCGCAAAACACCACACUCUCCGAGGUCGUGCUUGCUGUCAUCCGCAAUCCUACGCUCGAACGGAACGCGCUCGCGCACGGCCUUGUCGCGAACACAACCAACUUCCUCACGGCUCUCAGUCGUCAUGGGAAGAUGCGCGACGCGUUGGAUGAGUGGGCACAUAAGUACAUGAAGGUACAGUACCACAACUCGGCUCGGCGGCUCACCGAGAAGAAGAAUGGCUGGCACUUCAGCGCGCUUCGUGCGACAGCGAAACAGUUCAACGACUUCCGAACGGAAGACAUGGCGAAACACAUGCAAGAACUCGAGCCCCAGCUCUGGGAUCUCAUGAUCUUUAUGCUGUCGGGCGAGGACGCAGCUCCGCUCGGGAGCGAGGAUGGGGACACGGCGAGUGGGGAGAUGAAUGAAGACGAGUACUGGGUGGCUCUUGGGGAUGAUAGGGAACCCGCACCUGACGCGGCGAGGCCAGACGAGCCGCCACAGACACGGCGAGCGAGGAUAGUGCAACAGCGGCGCUGCGGUUUACGGGUUAUUAGAGCUGCUGUGAUCUUGUCGUUAGUCAUGCAGACCAUCAAUCAGCAAUGCAAUGCUUUAGGUGCCGUGAACGGUGGCUUCUUCCACGCGUCUGUCAUGCCAGACAAGGCUCUCAAGGCCCUCGCUCAUAUGGGAGUCUCUGUCUCCCCGGAUGCGAUCAACAAUGCCGUGAGAUCCCUGUCGCAGGAGAGUGCUGUGUCGAUCAUGGAGCUCGGUCGAUCUCUCACAGCUGCGUUUGCGUACGACAACUUCGAGUUGAAGCUCCAUACAAACACACCAACCAUUGAGAAGCCUGGCGGGGACCUCAAGCACCUCACAUCGGGAGACAUCUUUCAGUUGGACCACGGAGUGGUCCCAGCAGACCUUCGCUGCUCUCAGGUGCUCUGGGCUACCUCACUUCUUAAUCCUGCAGCAUCAGCAACACUGCAGCCGCGUGGAUUCAAAGACUUGCUGAUGCUGCACCCCGAGACACCGCAUGCGAGUGGACUAAGCCGCAAAGGGCUUUUCAAUUCCUGGAAGUUCGUGUAUGACCUCACGCACUUCGGCCCGGCAUAUUUUCGUCAGUUCACCUCAGAGAUUGGUCGACCACAUCCUGUCGAGUGCAUCCCCGUCACGAAGCUUCGUCACCAUCCCGCUCGAACAAUGGAUGUCAACAACUCCACCGUUGAUGGGAACAUCGAGGCGAUCCAGCAACUCUGCGCCCAGGCAGGGAUCGGCGAUCCAACGGCGAUCUAUGCCACGGGCGAGGAGACAGACAUCUCUGAGUAUGUCGUCUUGUUCCAUGGUGACCUAGGGACGAUGGAGCGGGUUGUGUCCGCACUUAAGGCACGUUCAAUCGAGGACACACCUUGGGCCAGGCUACAAUUUGUCGUCUUCGUACCGGGGCUUUUUCACUUCAAAAUGGCCGCCGCGGAUGGCAUCUGGCGUAUUUGGAUCAAACCUAAGCACGCUCGUGGCGAUAACACCUUCUUACAAUAUAUCGGGUCCCUUCGUCCACUCGAAACGGGCAAGUUCAGCUCAAAUCCCACGUUCCGACAGAUGCACGAAGGAAUUCAACAUGUCGGGACAGUGCUGCGCCUGGAUGCUUGGCGCGUGGAGGUCUCGAGGAAACUGAAGAACGAUAUCACCCUUGAGACGUGGGCCGAACAAGAGAAGCCAAGCAUAGGCGAAAUAUUUGCGCUGGCUGUGGGCCUUGCUCGGACCUACGUCGCAGGGGAGGUCGGCGGUCCACGGAUGUUUAACCUCCGGCGGCAGGGCGCACAACGGGACGAGCAGCGAGAGAAUACACUUCUCCUUCAUGAGCACUUGCUGCUGUACGAAGAGCUUAGCUGGGCGAUGAAUGCCGGUGACAUUGGCCGGGUUGAGACAGUCCUACCGUCCUGGAUAGCCAUCUUCAAGGAGACUGGCAAACACAAGUACGCCCACCAUAUGACAAAGUUCUUCACCGAUGUCCAUUAUGUAUACCCGCCACGUUUACGGCGAGCAAUUCGGUUGAACAUGCUCGUAAACCCGAAGGGCAAGCCUGACUCCUUCCGAGGUGUUGAUUGGGUCGAGGAGUUCAAUAACCUCCUCACAAAGGACACAUAUGGCGGAGAGAAUUCUAAUUACACCAUCAACCGUAUCAUCACCGAGUCACCAAACAUUCUUACAUACCGAAGCUGUAUUGCGAACGCCGAGCGGAACUACAUCCUCACUGGCCUUACAACAGCUCGCGGCUCUCCCGACAUGACAAGGACAUUCGCGGCCCUUGCUUCGCGCAUGGCGGGCGAACUCAAACCAAACGAACAUAUCGCGGGACGGAAGAGCAACUACGUCAUCCCCGACACCGUGGCAAAGGGUACAGAGACAAUGGUACUAUUAGGCCAUUCUACGGAGGAUACUGACAUGGCAGACGAGGGUGGUGGCACGGGCGAGACGACUGGAACAAGCGGGGGUGUGAUCAAUCAAGUGAAUGUGGAGGACAUAAUGAACGUAGACGGGUAG